GCCCCGUGCUUUUGCUCACUGAUGGUUCAGCUCAGCGUCCUGGCCGCGGCGCAAGAAUCAAUCAACCCUGCCCUCGUCUCUCAUAGCACAUUGUGGACUGACAUCCCUGAAUCAAUCAACCCCGACAGUUUGUUCUCAUCCAUCACAGACAUAACAACAGCCGGACAUCUUUCUAAAAGCUACAGACGCGCGUCGUGUCGCUAGGAGCGAAAGAUUCAUCGUGUUUGAGCCGAUAGGUUUCCUCAGUUCUCCUCCCCGCAAUGGCCCUUGAUCUCCGCAAGUCCAUCACCAAUGCUCGACUCGCCGACUCAGCUUCCCUCGAACCUUCCGACAAAGCCUUUUCUCUCUCCCGCCUGCUCUCGCCACGUGGCGGCAUUCCCCGCUCCUCCUUUUCUCGCGGAAAUGCCGGAAGCGACGUCAAGACGAGACUCCCUCCAUUGGGAAGCUCCUCCUUGCCGCUCAAUGCUCGGCCUGCUGCCGAACCUGCCGGGCUGCAUUCCGAAGCAGCAGGCGCAGGUUUCGGUGAAGCCGCCGGCGGUGGUUCGGAACCACCGCAUGCUAUAGCUUCGGCAAGGGUAGCGUCGGAGGUCGAAGGUUCGGAACAGCCGAAGCUGGUGCUGGAGGCGCGUUCAGGUCGCAUUGCGCACGUCAGCCGGGGGUUGUUGCGCGGCUUGGGUUACGCCAACGCUGAGGAUUUUGGCGAGAAAAGGUUGUACGAUUUGGCGGAUGGGCUCUACGAAGCUGAUUGGUCGAGGGCUGUCGAGGCGGCGACGAGCAGCAUGAGCGCUUCGGUGCGAGUACACUUCAAGCUGCUGAAAAGCGACAGAGCUGGCGAUCUCGUCGGCACGCGCGUCGCUCUGUCGCUGCGCGUCGCUGGCGACGACGAGAGCGUCGCAUGCGACGCAUCGCCGCCGGUGUUUCUCCUCGGCGAGGUUUCUCCAGCGCCGCCGCAGUCGUCGGCGCCGGCAGCGGGAGCGGCUAGCGGUUUCAGGGUUCGACGCGUGGAGGUGAUUAUGGAGGAUUCCCAGCCCUCGCUACAAGAUAAGACCGCGGAAGGUGCCGCCAUAGCCCUCCUAGCGGGAGAGGCUGCAGAACAGUCAAUGCCCGACGUCCCUCGAGAAUCCCGAGCUUCCAGUAUCACAGUUUGCGAUCGAGCUGGCGACAAGGAGCGAGAGAUGAGUCGCAUGGAUGGCGACUCCUGCGACAACUCUCUUGAGAGCUCGUCCACGUCAGCGGAGCCUCAAUCCACAUCACCGCAGGAGCAGAUGGUAUCACCGGGGUCGGAUUGGCAGGCGGGGAGCGAGACGAACAGCGAUUGGUCGAGAGAGAGCGAGUCGCAGCAGCAGCGUUUGAAACAAACCAUUGGGGGCACUGGGGCAGGGGAGUAUGGAGCAGAAAGCGCAGGGGGCGGAAGCCGUGCCUUGCGGAGCGGAAGCGCUCCCACUAGAAGGGGGUUCAAAGCGCCCCCGGGCUCCGCCACCCCCCCGCACGCUCUCUCCCGUCCCCCUCUCCCCUCCCGCGGCAACAGCGACGGGGGAAGCGGCUCGGGUCGGACGCACACCGGCGCCUGCUACCGUUCGGCGCGCAAGCCGCCUGUGCCACGUGUCAGUAGCACAGGCUCGAUGAAAUCGGUGCAUUCUUCGGGUUCGUUAAGGUCCGUGCCUUCUAAUAGUAUCUUGCAUUGUGAGGAGGGAGAGGAGGAGGAAGAGGAGGAGGAGGAGGAGGAGGAGGAGAGUAAGUUGGAGAUAGACGAGGAAGGGUUGGCAUUAGCAAUGAGAGCAGACGACGACGAUAACGAUGCGGCGUUUAACGAGGAUUCCCCUAGAGAACCGGACGAAGCCGACCUCUCGUCCCAAAUCGCCCCUCUAGAGGAUAUCGAGGACGACUUUGAAGAGGACGACGACGAGGAAGCUUAUAUGGGGGUUGGCAGGGACGCGGAGAGUGAUUCAAUCGCUCGGCAGAUCUCGGACGUCCGUGAUCGGCUUGCAGCGCGGAGAUCGUGCCACCUGGCGCGGGGCGGGCGCGAGAUGGAUGCGGAGGCGAUAUCGGACGGCGACGAGGAGGAAGAGUCGUGGGAGCGCGUGAAGCAGCGCUGGGCUGCGCAACAGCAGCGCCUGCAGCGGCGGGAGCAGCAGCAGGUGGAGCAGGCGGUGCUGGCGGCGCGGGAGAGGGGACGGGAAAGAGAGAGGGAGAGGGAUAGGGAGCGCGCGGCUAGGGGGGAGGAGGGGAAAAAGAGGGCGUUUGGGAAGUGGGUGGGCGGGGUUUGGGCGGGAGACGCGGGGGGCGGGGGAGGUGCAGAAGGGGAGGGAGGGGGAGGACGGGAGGGGGUGGGGAGGAAGAGUGAGAGGAGCGACAGCCCUGCCAGCAGAGCGCUUCGCAUGAGUAUGAGCAUGGGGAGAAGGGAGUCCCCUGCCGCUCCUGCUGCCGCUAGUUGCAGGCAAACCAACGAUGAGGCAAGGGCAGGCGACGUAGGGAGGGCGCGAGAGAGGGAGAGCGAGAGAGCGGGUCCGGCCCUAAGUAAGGCUAUGAGCUUUGGAAGAGUGGCCUUCUCUCUUGCUUCCCCUUCUAUGAGGGAGUUGAAGGGGUCCAGCAGGUUCGGGAGUGCCGAGCCAGGGGACUGGAGUGAGGAUCGGCGGGUGGCCUAUAGUCGGUUUGCGGAGGAGAAUGGGGCGGGCGGGGCGGAAAGGGGGCAGCGAGGGAAAGAGAAGGAGAAAGAGGAGGAGGAGGAGUUCUGCUGGCUGGGCUCUCCUGUCAGAGGAGACAAGGAAGAGCGUUUGAGCGUAGGUUUGGGGGGGAUAGCUGUUGGCGCCGGUACCGAAGAUUAUGACUUAGCUGCUCGCGCCACCAGCAGCACCAGCAGUAUUCGUGGCAAAAUGAACCUAUCUCUCGCGCCUCUAAACGUCGACUCGGACCCAGCAACUGGAGCCAGCCCCGCUUCUCCGUCCGUCUAUGCCAUUCCCUCCCGCCCGCUCCCUUCCCUCAUCGCCCGCUCUGUCUCCUCAGACGACAGCCGCUCCCUGCGCAAGCAACGCUCCGAGCCCAAGCGCGACCUCAACAGCAUUCCAGCUCCCCAGUGCAACUCUGUGGACCCCUAUGCUUUCCCUGACGGCCCGCAGCAGCGCGUGGCCGAGGCAUCGACCCCCGGCAGGCGCCUAUUCAGCGUUCUGAGCCACAGAGGAGUGGUCGGCGCUGCUAAGAAGGCUCUUGAAGCAGUCAGCUCCCCUCGCCGGCCCCACACUUCAAUCUUUGCUUCUGCCUCUGCAGAAUGUGCUUCUACUAGCUCAGAUGCUGCUGAUGGUGCCGCUGCUGCUGCGGGCAGGAGUGGAGGGGGGGGGGGGUCUCUGAGUGCUUCCCCUAGGUGCUUCUCCUCCUCGCGCCCGUCGUCUCUCCGCCCCUCAGCCUCCCAUGAUAGCUAUGCUUUUGCCUCUUCCUCCCGCCUCGCCUCGUCAUCAUCUCAGCCCAGAGUACCGCGCUCCUCCUCCCUGGAAAUCCCAGUGUCGGCUGGGGUGCCGAGGAGCGUGUCGCAGGAUAGCGGCCCUGGCAGCAGCAGUGGCGGCUUCCCCUCGCGCCGUCGCAGCCUGCUUGCACCGUCCUCUUUUAGGGAGGAUGGAGGCAGCUACAAGGAAAGCUGCAGGUUGAGGCAUGGGGCAAUGGGUGAUGUGAAUGGUGUGGACGAUGCAUUUGUGGAGGGGGCGAAUCAGCAGGUGCUUACACUGCAGAAAGUAGGUGGUGUUUUGGGGGGGUUAGGGGGGUGUGCGGUAGAGUGUAGGACUGUUGGGAUGGAUGGUCGGAGGGAGGAUGUCGGGUCCGCACUGACACCCAAGGGUCGCUGGGGAGCCUGGGCCGAGGAUGAGAAGUCUGGCGAUAUGGAUUGGUUUUGGUAGCAGGGGUUUUCUGAGCAUGCUGGACUAGAAUGGCUCAGAUUAAUGGCUGUAUUCAUGAUUGUAGGGGGUUAGCAAUGUCUUGGAAUAUUGAAAAAUAAGGUGUGUUGCAUGUGAAAGUUAUGACUAUGGUGUGUUAUUCUCAACAUUAUUGUUCCAUCAAAGUUUUCUUCCUGUCGUCCUAUCCGCCAAGGUGAAGCUUGUGAGGCUGCUGCGCUUUUGGUGCAACACACAACGUAUGUGAAGCGCACAUCAGAGUUACCUUGUGGAGGACAGUCUUAUUUCUUAGUCCAACCUGAGUGCAGCCUACCGACAAACCCGACGCAUUCCUCAGUUGGCCCAACAUGGGGUUACGACAGUGUUGGCCGUCACUACUAGCAGUUCUGGUAGUCCUAGUAGGGAUCACGUCAGCCUCCGCG